AUGGAAUCGCACGAGCCAAACACUGCUAUUAAUUUGCCGGGACCAAGUAACGUGAAUUAUAAUACCUGGAAUUGUGAUAUAGGAAACAUGAGCACUACAGAUACUGGUUCUCAACCUCCUGAGUACCACCAAAUUGUACCUACUCUCCGUUCAAAUAUCGAACAAAUGAAAAAAUGUAUUUCUAUCGACUUAUUAUCGGCUAGCCAACGGGAAGCUAAUUUCUUGAGAAUGAUCGAUCGCAAAGCUUCGAUACUUUACGAACAAAGUGUCAUCGAAAAUGCUGUCCGUCGCUACGAAUGUUUUUGGCUUCCUAUGCAGGCAGCACGUCCAGAUAUCAGAAAUAUACCGCCAUUGGAUGUUCAUUGGGUUUGGCAUUGUCAUAUGCUUAGUCCAAUACAUUAUCAACAGGAUUGUGAAACAAUAUGUGGUACCAUGGUUGAUCAUAAACUACUCAGUUCGGAUGAAAUUCAGCAACGGUAUGAACAAUCCGUUAGUAUUUGGCAAAGUUUUUGCGGCGAUGAACCUUACGAUUUUUUGAGUUCCAAAAUCAAUAACCACCAGCCGUACCAAUCAAGAUCAUCUUAUGAUAUCGCUGCUGCUGCACAACGACAGCGUAAUUUUAAUUAUCAGAUCUCACUGCCGCAUUAUACGUCACCAAAAUUUAUUAGUGACGCUGUAGAACGAUACCUCAAUUUUCUAUUGUUAAAACAAACUUACACGGAUCAAUUUUUGACGCCUUGCUAUGAUUUUGAUAUUGUAUGGCACACACAUCAGGUCCAUCCGCAUUGUUAUCUACGUGAUUGUACAGCAAUUUUCGGCUGGUUAAUGAAACACGAUGAUACGGUAAAUGAUCGUAAUAAAAAUAGUAAGUUGCUUAAAGGCGAAGCAAUGACGAAGCGACUUUGGGCUGCUCAUUUUGGAACUGGAUUUUGGCGCAGAGGUUCAAUGUACAGAGGACAUCCAGCACCAUCUUUCUUGGGUUUUGAAACGCAAGAUUUGAGUAGUAUUACUUAUGGUCAAAUGCACAUACCGUCAAUUACUCUUCGUGAAAUUCCGUUACAGAGAGAACAAGUCCGCUUAAAACUACUAUACGGAAAUAAGAAAGUAACAACAUUCAAUGCCGAUCUCACGUCAAAGCAGGUGACAAAAUCUGGUUUUUCAUUGGUCUGGCAGCCAACUGAAAAUUCUACGAGCUCAUCAGUCGUGAAAUUCCCAUUUGAACGACGCAAUCCUAAAGAAUUAUUUCUUGAAUUGGAACUUUUCGAUAAAAUGUUUUUACAAAAGAAGGAUGUAGUUAAGUUAACUGGACUUGUUUCACUAGAACAGUUACUCCCAUUUCCAAACUCGAAAAUAUCACAAAACGUUGCUCAAGUCACUGUAAAAAGUCGUGAGUCGGACAAAAAUUUAAAAGCGAAGGUCAGCGUUACUACGAACCUGUCGUUAAACCGCGAACUGCAGCUUAUUGUUGGUGAAUUUGUGCAGCAGGAACUAAUCCCGGAUAGCCGUUUAUGGUUUUUGUGUCAAUCGGCGGCACUAAACCGAGCCGGUCUGCAGUCUUCAGCAACCAUUCAUUUAGCUACACAUACAUUAGUGGAUUCUCGUGAUGGUACAAAAUAUACCGUCCAGGUGGCACAUAGUGCCUCACUGCUGUUAUCAAUGAUAUUAGUUUAUGGCUGGCAACAACGGUUACUCUGCAUGGCUCAUUUAAUAGGUGCCGAUACUCUCCCUUCAAAAGACCAGCUGGAUACUAAUCUCCAGUUUCUACCUCACUUAUCAGCACCAGAUGAGCGAGCAAUUGCCGUGAUGAAUAAAGAUGGUGAUUUCGCUAUUGUUAAAGGAAAAUGGAUUGGUUUCAGUCGCAAAAUUCCAGGCGAUAAAGAACAGAAAGCAAAAGCUGGAAACCCUGGAAAAUUGCAGGUGGAUGCGUUCAACUUGCUAAAAAAUACAGUGCAGAAGUUCGAAAUCCCGGGUCCUGAAGGAAGUACAUUCUUCGUAAUAGGAGAAGCACAAGCACGUCUGCCAAGCAAAAGAAUACAGUGUCGAUCAAUACAAACUGCUGAACAUCUUGCUUGUGUUUUCAGUGUUGCAACUUUAUUCGUACUUUGCAACCCUGAUAAAGUUCGUUCACAUAGUGAUACAAAUAGUAUUGCACAUCAAUGUCAUAAAUGGCCUUUGACAGUAGCCUGCGGUUAUGGAAAAGCAUUGCCAUCCAACAGGCACGUGAAUUCACAUCAAGAAAUUAACGAAGAUUUGGACAUAACUACUACAAUGAUUGCCGUUUGCGCAGGAAGUUGCGACGACGGUGCAUGUGGAGCUUGUGGUGCUUGUGGCGCUUGUGGUGCAUGUGGUGGUUGCGGUGGGUGUGGUGGUUGUGGUGGCUGCGGAGGCUGUGGCUAA